UCUUGAAAACAAAACAGUCGGCGGCGCUGCUGCGCGUAUCCCAACGCGGCGAGCCGGGGCCGGUGGAGCAGCAAGACGGGGUGUCUGCGACGCAUCUGAGGCCGUGCGCCAUGGGGCAGGCGGGCACGGGCUGUGCGGGGUUUCCCCGGCGCCGGGGCUAGCGUGCCCGCCGCCUCAGCAGCUCGCGUCGCCCGCCUGGGGGACAAGGAGGAGGACGCGGCCUCGGCCGGGCCCGGGCCGAACGGCUGCGGACACCCGGGCGCCGGGACGCCGAGCGCCGCCUCCGCCUCCGAAAUGGAUCAAUGCGUGACGGUGGAGCGCGAGCUGGAGAAGGUGCUGCACAAGUUCUCGGGCUACGGGCAGCUGUGCGAACGCGGCCUGGAGGAGCUCAUUGACUACACAGGCGGCCUCAAGCACGAGAUCUUGCAGAGCCACGGCCAAGAUGCUGAGUUGUCAGGGACACUUUCACUUGUUUUGACACAGUGCUGUAAAAGAAUAAAGGACACUGUUCAGAAAUUGGCCUCAGAUCACAAAGACAUCCACAGCAGUGUUUCUCGGGUUGGAAAAGCCAUUGAUAAGAAUUUUGAUUCUGACAUAAGCAGUGUGGGAAUAGAUGGCUGCUGGCAGGCAGACAGCCAGAGGCUUCUCAAUGAGGUGAUGGUGGAGCACUUCUUUCGACAAGGAAUGCUGGACGUAGCCGAGGAGCUCUGCCAGGAAUCUGGUCUUUCUGUAGACCCCAGUCAGAAAGAACCAUUUGUGGAAUUAAAUCGAAUAUUAGAAGCGUUAAAAGUCAGAGUUCUGAGACCUGCUCUGGAGUGGGCAGUAUCAAACCGAGAAAUGCUUAUAGCCCAAAACAGCUCCUUGGAAUUUAAGCUACAUAGACUGUAUUUUAUUAGCUUGCUAAUGGGUGGAACUACAAAUCAGCGGGAAGCAUUGCAAUAUGCUAAAAAUUUUCAGCCAUUUGCCCUAAAUCAUCAAAAAGACAUUCAGGUGUUGAUGGGAAGCCUCGUGUACCUGAGACAAGGGAUUGAGAACUCACCAUAUGUUCACCUGCUUGAUGCAAACCAGUGGGCUGACAUUUGUGACAUCUUUACACGGGAUGCCUGUGCCCUCCUGGGGCUUUCUGUGGAAUCCCCUCUCAGUGUCAGCUUCUCAGCAGGUUGCGUGGCACUGCCGGCUUUAAUUAACAUUAAAGCUGUGAUUGAACAGAGGCAGUGCACUGGAGUUUGGAACCAGAAGGAUGAAUUACCUAUUGAAGUGGACCUUGGUAAAAAGUGCUGGUAUCACUCUAUAUUUGCCUGCCCCAUUCUUCGUCAGCAAACAACAGAUAACAAUCCACCCAUGAAAUUGGUCUGUGGUCAUAUUAUAUCAAGAGACGCCCUGAACAAAAUGUUUAAUGGUAGCAAAUUAAAAUGUCCAUAUUGUCCAAUGGAACAAAGUCCAGGAGACGCCAAACAGAUAUUUUUCUGAAGAAAUAAUUUAGUUUGCAAUUUUUCUCACUGAAAAGUCAGCAGACCUGCAUUUGAGCUUUGCUGGUAGCCUGGCUGCCUGUUUUUAAAAUUCCAUCAUGAAUUUAGCAGGUUGGUGUGAGAAGUCUUCCGCUGGAAUAGAGUGGAAGGAGCACUGUUGUUUCUUUGCUUUUAUUGCCAAGAGGUGCUUAUUUUAAAAGUGUGUUCAAUAAAAUGAAAUUCUGAAGUUAGAAGUGUUCUUAAGUUGAUAUUUGCUCUCUUGGUCUUAGUAGCCCUGUUCUCUGAAAUUUGCCUUUAGGACUUGGCUGUCUAUUGCAUUUGUAUAUCAUUGCAGACACAGUAUUGUGUGUGUGCGUGUGUGUGUGUGCACCAGCAUCAAACAUUGUGCAUCUGGAAGGGAAGAAGCAUGUUCCAGUUCUAAAAUGCAGUAAUCAGUCAUUACAUUAAAUCCUUACAGUUAGAAUCUAGCAAAUUUUCUGUAGCACAAAAUAUGUUUCUUGCUGUUUCUGUAUUUGAGUAGUAUAAUGUUCAAUGCCUCCGCUGCAGCGUGUGUCAGCUUGUGGACUGAGUCUCUGUGUUAUUCUUACAGAGACACAAUGAUCUUUUCUCUUGUGAGGCAUCUUCAUGUAAUGCACUAUCCAGAAAUAGCCAUGUGUAAGAGUCUUUCUCUGUAUGAAGAACUACAUGGAAAAGACUUUUGUGGACAUAAUUUUGACUUACAACCCUUUAAGUACGUCAUCGUAAGAAGAAUGUUAUAUGGAGAUCCCCCAAUAUUUUGCAACAUUAUUUCAUCUGACAUGGAACUGAGCAUCAAUAUAGGAAAACCUCAUGAGACAAUGAAAAAAGAAGAAAACAAAGGAAAGAGAAUUGUGACACUUCACAUUUUAAAGUACAGAUUGACUUAGUUUGGGGGGAGGGAGAGAACAGAUUUGGUGCUAAGUUAAUUGGAAAGUGGCAGCACUUGCCAUAGUAUACAGCCUGGAUGGUUUGUCCUGAAGUGCUUACCUGGGAGAGUUGGGUUUUGUUUGUAAAGUAGAGGGUACUGCAGAGAGCCCUGCUUGACUGGUGUGUGUGGCCAGGCUUAGGUUGAGGGCUACUGUGUGCUGUGUGGGUGAGCCAGGAAUCAGGAUCAGCUUGCUCAGAGUGCUUGCUUUGUUCGACCUCUCAGCCCCACAGUACUUUUGCCCCGUGUUUCUGCUUUCCUGUUACAACCCUCUCUAAAGUUCCCCCUCUCUCCACUAAAGCAGUGAAGGAAGAAAGCAGAGAGAAGCUCUUUGGACUCCAAAAGAGAAGGUGGAGUAUUCAAGGCAAUACUCUGGUUGAGGAUGUAAAACUGGUUUAUUAUAUAUUUUUUUUCCUUUGAAUUAAAACCCAGGGUUUCUUUUUUUUUUUUAAAAGCUUUUUUUUGCUAGACCAGAUUUAGUGCUAUUCACAACUUUUUCUCACCUACCACCAGAAACACCUACAUGGCAUUUGGGCUCCACAUAGGGUUUGAACAGUACAGACAUUGCACUGGAGGCUGGAGGUAAAUAUGUUUGGCAGCCAGAGACUCGUAGUUUUCUCAGGCCACUUUCAAGGACAAAAGCUAGAGCUCCGCUUUGCCCUUCUCCCAGGGUUGGGAAUCCUGUUGGCAGUUUCCUGUGCCAGGUCCUUAUAGUCCUCCUGCUGCCCAGGGUUAGGGCCAAAUAUUUGAAACUCUUGACAUGACGAUUUAACGUGAAAAUUAUGUCUUGUGACCUUUAACUAAAUGCGUGGACUAAAAUUCAUUGGUGACAUAAAUGUGAAGGGUAGGUGGAUUUGAAGAGGCCAGGCCUUAACCAAAGAUACUAAAAUAGAAUAUGCUGUCCUUGCUACUCUAAAAACAUCUUCACCAGUGGUGUCAGGUCCAUAGGCUGUGGAUGUCAGCACUGUGGGGGAAUGCUCUUUGAUUCAUCAUGCUCUGCGUUCCACUUGCAAGAGGUCAUGGUAGAACCAAGGUUUUUUACAGUCAGACUAAUUAAAAUAAUGUACAUUGAAAACAAUUUCAGAGUGGUUUCUUAAAUUCCUUUAGAAACUAUUUCCAUUUGUCUGUCCUGGACUAUGCUAAACCAAUAAAACCUUAUUAGAUCCUUAGAUUCUGAUUUAGCCAGAGCAUCUGUGCUUUCAAGUACAGUCUGAAGUGCUGUGGCUAAAAUUGUCUUUUGAUCUUUUUUCUCUGUGGUGUGAUCAUCACAGAUGCCAUUUCUGUUGUUUUAGUGGUGAUUAUGUGAGACUUCUAAUACAUAAAUGAACGGGUAUUGGUGCCUCUUGAUUUUAAAAUUUUGAAGAGCCACCUCAUAUUCAUAGAGUGUGUGAGUAUUUUAUGAGUGUAUGAGCAUCUAAUUGAAAAUAAGAAAGUUAUAAAGUAAAUCUUUUGUUUUGAUUUUUAUGUAGCAGCUGUGUAUACAGAGACACUAAAACCCACACCAAAUUAUGUGGGGGAUGAGGAUCCUUUUUUUGUCUCCAAGUAGUUCCGCAGGUUAUGCAAUUACGUUCCGUACUCUUUAUGCUGUGAGUUAUUUCCACCUCAGUGAUUUCAGCCUUUGGGACAGUAGAUCCUGCAAAAACCAAGAACUCUUGGUCAUCUGCACAAGACAAACUGCUCGUAGACAUUAGCCCUCUGGUUUUCCGGUUCAACCUCUGAUGAAGUGGACUGCUAGUCACACUGGUCAGUCUGCGUAGUCAGAAGACUCAGGUUAUUUUCAGGGAAGGCAUGGAGGUAUGAUUUGGUUGAUUUCAUCACUAAGCUGUAUAAAGUGAAGACACAAACCAAAUACCUUUCAUUACUUAACUCAACAUACAUUAUCUUCGCUAACACUAGAACGUUCUGGUCUUGAGGGAAUGUUCGCAAGGACUAACGAACACCUGUCCAGCUAUGGUCAGUUUACCAUAAGCAGGUGCAAACUUCAUGGACUGUUUAUUGAACUAUAAUUGAUUACAUACCAAAAAUAAAAUGACAAAUGUAUUUUAAUAGAUGAGGCAUCUAGUUUUAGGGUGAGUUUUCCACUGUCGAUUUUACUAUAAAACAUAGGGAGAGAAAACAAAGCUUUGUUUUCAAGACAUUUCCCUCUACAGUUUUAAACUGCAGUAGGCAUAUGUUUCAUUACUUCCACAGAGACAAAAGCAGCUGGGAUUGACUUACAGCACAUGCUUUGUUUCCCGUUAUGGGUGAGGACCUACACUCAUUUUAGUAGUCAUUUAAUGUUCUGCAUCAAGGCAGAUGUGGGGUUCACUAGGGUUUAGUGCCUGAUCUUUUCUUUUGGGAAGGGGAGGGAGUGAAUGUAUUGGAGAUGGGAGGGAAGCAGGAGAAAAAAAAUGGGAGUGUGAGUGAGUGUGCAUGUCUCUGAAUUCACCAUUACCCCCACGUGUGUCUAGCAAGGAACAGGUAAUUAAUGUAUUUUGCUCAUGACUGCAGUGUGCAUGUUUCCCCCUCUGUGUUCUCUGAACUUACACUAAAAAGAUUCAUCCAUCUUGUUCAGAUGGCUCAGGAUUGUAUUUCUUUUGCUUACCCUGUGCUCUUGGGUUCUAUAGUAUUUCUAUAAUUAUGUAACAAGAAUAGUGUUGCACUGUAAUCUAUUAUAUAGAGAUAUAUGUAUGGAAAAUUUUGAUCAGUUUUUUAAGCAAUGUAUCCUGUUUGCAAAGGCACAAUAAAAUUGCAUAUUAUAGUCAAUAGGCAAUAAAGCUAACAAUAAACCUUAUUUAACACAAACCAUA